CGUUUUUUGAAAUAUUGGCCGCCAUUGAAACGUAAAAAGCAAUGCCUUUCCAAGUAUAUGGUACCGAGAUUGAGUUCCCUUAUGAACCUUAUCCAGUACAAUUUGUUUUUAUGGAAAAAAUAUUGAGAGCUUGUGAGAACAGUCAAAAUGCUUUAUUAGAAAGUCCCACGGGAACUGGCAAAUCUCUAGCUUUGCUUUGUGCAGUGUUAGCUUGGCAAAAGAAAACCAAGAAUAAAAUGCAACUGGAGAGAAUAGAAAAAGAAAAUAUCGGAAAACAAAGAUUCGAUGCAGCGGUAGCAAAAUAUAGGCACGGAAGAGGAAAAGAACCUUUGGCAGAUACUUUCCAAGACAAUCAAACCAAUAGGCAUAUGGAGAAAAGAGACUUGGAUAAUUGUCUAGAAGAAAAAAGUAUAUCGAGUGACGAUGACUUUCAACAAGGAAUUGGUACAAAUCAGACAAUAGAUAGCGAUUCCGAUGAUUGGAUAACCCAUGACGAAGACAAUAACCUGGAUAGUGACAAAGAAAUAAUUCCUCCUAAAAUAUUCUUUGCCACACGUACACAUACUCAAAUAGAUCAAGUCGUACAAGAAUUGAGACGAACCAGUUAUAGACCUAAAAUGGAUAUUCUGGGUUCGCGCGAUAGGUAUUGUAUACACAACAAAGUGAUAAGGUCACAGAAUAGGAAUGAGGAAUGCAAAAAAUUGUUGGAAGAAAGAUCUUGCUCUUAUGCCUUUGGAGUUGAGAAGGUUCAUAAUAUUAAAGAAUUGUCAGAGAAUCAUAUCCAUCAGGUUUGGGAUAUUGAAGACUUGGUUCGAAUAGGAAAGAGACAUAAUUUAUGUCCCUACUUUUCUUCACAAGAAUUGAUGAAAACGGCCGAAUUGAUUUUUUGUCCUUAUAGUUAUCUUUUAGAUCCUGUUGUAAGGAAUGCCAUGCAAGUGGAACUUUCCAAUUCUAUUGUCAUUUUAGAUGAAGCUCAUAAUAUAGAAGAUGUUUGUAGAGAAGCUGCAUCUUGUGAAGUCUUUAUCGAAGAACUCGAACAAGUCAGAACGGAGUUGGAAACAUUGGAUAUGAAUCAGAAUACUUCCAUGGGAAGACAUUUAUCUCUUGUGAAUAGUUUUGUCUCGGGAGUUAUUUCUUGGUGUCAUGAACAAGAUGCUCAUCAAAAGUUUGUUGUAGAUAAGAGUGAUUUUGAGAAGGAAACAUUUAGCUGUACUGGGAAGUUGUUGUUAGAUGCUUUGGAGUGUUGUGGAGUGACCAAAACUAUUUAUUCUGAAAUACGCCGUAGUGUGUCUAGAAUUACAAAUACUGAACUUUUUCUAUCGGAGCAUUUGGAUGAAACUUCAACAAAGAAGAAGCGAGUUGGUCUUCCUGAAUGGGCAUCGAUUACUUUGGAACGUUUAAUGUGUCCGUUAGAAUUCAUUUUUAACUCUUCAGUGGAUCGUAGCGAUGACUUUCUACUGGUGUUGAUGAAGACUCGUAAAGGAACUAUGUGGUCUUUCAAGCUAUGCUUAUGGUGUUUCAAUCCAGCUGUCUCAUUUUCUUAUCUUCAGUCCCAUUCCAGAUGCAUUGUUCUUUCUUCUGGCACUUUGACUCCUAUGGAUUCCUUCUCUUCCGAAUUAGGGAUUCAUUUCGAUAUCAUGAACUCACUUCCUCAUGUUAUUGAUGUAAAGAAUCAAGUUUGUGCUAUUGCUUCCAGUUGUGGACCUAAUUCAGUGGACUAUGAUUCUACCUUUGCAGCGUCCAGCUCUAUUGCUUAUCAUGAUUGUUUGGGUCAGUCUAUUUUAGAAUACUGUCGUGUUAUUCCGGAUGGAGUUAUUUGUUUCUUUCCCUCCUAUCGUUUGUUGGAAAGUGUGGUUCGUCGUUGGCGUCAAUCUGGUUAUUGGAAGGAGUUGGAGUCCUGUAAACAAGUAUUUAUAGAGCCUUGUCAAAAUGAUAGAGUUUAUUUUGAUAAUAUUUUACUAUCUUAUUAUCACGCUAUCCACAAGAAGCAAGGAGCCUUGUUCCUAGCAGUUUGUAGAGGAAAAGUAAGCGAAGGAAUUGAUUUCAAAGAUGAAUAUGCACGAGGAGUAAUUAUAGUUGGUUUACCUUAUCCCAAUUUGAGAGAUCUCCAAGUCAUUCAGAAAAAAGAAUAUAACGAUAGAUAUAGUGCAUCAAGAAAAUUGUUGAAUGGACAGCGAUGGUAUGCUUUACAAGCUUUUCGUUCUUUGAAUCAAGCUAUUGGACGUUGUAUUCGACACAAGAAUGAUUAUGGUGUGAUUGUGUUGUUAGAUAAGCGCUAUACUAGACAUGAAACAUUAAGGAAUCUUCCCAAAUGGUUGGCCCAUCAAAUCAGAAUUGCGACAUAUCAUGAAGUGGCGAUUUCGAUGAUUUCCCAUUUCAUUCCGCAAGUAGAAGCGAGAGUUGUUCCUUUAAAACGUGUGAUUGGUACAAGGCGUACACUCGAGACUAGGAUGGAUUUGCUAGGAACUACUGGUAGUAGAGAAGGAAAUAGAGGUGGAAGAGACCAGUUUAGUUGGGAGAAAGUAAAGGAAGAUAAAUAUAGAGAGAAUUACUUGGGACAUUCUUUACAUGCACCUGUGGGCUUGUCUUCAAAGAAGAAGGACUCACAGUGGUUUAUCAAGCCACCAAAGCGCCAAAAUGGUGGAAACGAAGAACUCAAGAAAAUACAACGACAAGAAGCCAUUAUGAUGAGAGCUAGUCUUCAAGGGAUACCUGUUCAGGAUGCUAUUUCGUUGGCACUUGAGCAGUCAAAUCAAGUGGAAGAAAAAAACAGUGAGGUAACGAAGGAUAAGAGUGAAAGGCCAUUGUCACCACAAAAUGAGUCUCGUGAUAAGAAUAGAGUAGAAAAUGAUAGACUGGAUGACAGUCAUCAAGAUAUACAUCGACGACAUGGUGCGUAUCAUCAUCACACGCAAAGCCGUUCAAAGGAAAGGCAUCGACACCGUUCAAAAGGGCGGUCCAGCAAAGAUAGAAGAAGACGACGUCGUUAUUCUUGAUAGAAAUAUUGUAAAGUGAACUUUGCACUUUGUUUGGGAGUAUGUGCGCAAGUGUCAUUUGUAC